UGCGGAAUCUACGCCUGUUGCAUUAUGAGAGUGUGGCGAACGGCGGUUGCAGGUUUGUCAACGAUCCCAAUGAAAGGUGGACACUUUUCGUUCACUUGACGCACCUUAAACUCCUAGACGUGAGGAUCAAUGACGACGACAUGCUUUCAUUCGCGGAGGCAUGUGGGAAUCUCCAAUACUUGGAUAUUCGGAACGCGAUGCGCUGCGCGCCAAUUGCCAAACACGAGAUGCCGCAUGACAUGAUCCUCGUCCAACUCCUCACUGUGACACCUAGCGUUAUGGUUAAGAUGGGCAACAAAGAGGAGAAGGUCCUCAUGCCCUACCUAUGGCACCUCCACCUUUAUUAUCCAUGUCACGAGGACGUAGACCUCCACGACGACCACGCGGAUGCUUACAGCUCACUUGUUCGUUCACGCGCCGAAUACCGGAAGCGCAUGAAUCAAGGCUCGGAUAUGGUUCCAAAAUCGCCACUAUACUACUUCGCUUUCAAGUUGCCAUUCACUCUCGAAGGCACACAACCUCUGGAGCUUUAUCGGGGGAGCAUUUGCAAUAAGGUUCAUGCAGCAUCGACGAAAGAGUGCCCUUUCCGAUUUGCCGCGUCGACGCUUCCGAAGUUCGGGUGGGAUGGGGUGUUGAAGGAUAAAUCUGCGUAUGAUUAAC